AUGGCUAUUGAAGAAGACAGGACGGAUGGCCCAUUUAGCCAGGAGGAUCACCAGGUGGCCUACAUCUUCAACCCUGCAGACGGUGCGGCGGCGCGUCCAGCGAAACGGCGGCGCGUCUCCAGAAAGGGUGCAAAGAGCAAGGGGUCUAAUCUAGGCUCCUCGUUGGCUGCACUGGGUUCUUCGCUAUUUGUGCCGCUCCUGAACGGCGCAGAGAGUGCGGCGUGCGUGCAAGAGAGGCAUCGCCUGUACGAGGAGAGCUGGGCCAAAGUUGAUAGUCGGAUACAGGCCAUCUUGCGAGACUCGAACUCGGCGACGCUGGAGCAGGUGUCGUCGUUUGUUCGACAGGCAAAGACCGAGUGCUUUGAUAAAAUUCCCACGGCAUUCAUUGUGACUGGGACAAACAUUGCGUCACAAGACUUGCUGUUUGAGCAGCUGUCAGAAACGCUGCAGUCGGGUUCCAGCCGCUUCGUGAGGCUGCGCUCGACCGAGGUUGGGUCACUCAAGGCGGUGCUGAAGCGCAUCAUUCGCACGGGAACGUCUAAAGCCGCAGAUGACGAAGAAGAGAAUGAUACAGAGGAGAAGGAGACAGAUGGUAAACGAUAUCUCGACUACGACUUGGAAGCAUUGUAUGCGUACGUCCAGACGCAGAAUUGCGACCAGAUUUUUGUGGCAUUUCAGGACAGCGAGGGGUUUGACAGUAGCUUACUAUCAGACCUGAUCACGCUUCUAAGCUCGUGGCGCCCGCGGAUCCCAUUUACUCUGCUCUUUGGCGUCGCCACUUCAGUGGAACUACUCCAAGCCCGCUUGCUGAAAUCUGCGUGCCGCCAGAUUUAUGGAGGCCAGUUUGACGAUGUGCAGACAGACACAAUCCUGGAAUCAGUCUUUAAGGGUGCGGUGGCUGCGAGUGACGUCCCGCUCCGGUUAGGAGGCCCCUUGCUGCGAUGGAUGCUGGAUCGCCAGCGCGACCAGGUGGCUGGCAUUCAGGCAUUCAUCAGCUCUUUAAAAUAUGCGUACAUGUGUCACUUUUUCGCCAACCCAUUGAGUGUGCUGGCACACUUGGAGGCUGGGAAGGACAAGUUGAUACAGCCAGAGCACUUGGAAGCCAUACGCAACACACCCUCUUUCCGCAAGCAUGUGGAGGGAGCUAUUGAAACUGGUACCGCCGAAAAAUUGCAGUACGCCCGGUCGCUAUUGGAAGAUGAUACUGCUCUUCGAGAGCAAGUGCAAGCUAGUAGUUUGGAGGGUAGAGUGUGGAUGGACGAGCGAUUACGGAGCCUUCUUAUGCUCGAGGCUGCAGGCGCGUAUCACGGAGCAUUUUCGAGAGCCUACGUGGAGGCCAUAUCCGAGGGCGUGGCCAUGUCCGAGCACUCAAACAUGGUGGCUAGCAUAAGGCGUAUGUGCAUGAGUGAGCUGGCAAGAGCGAUUGAGCGAUUCGUGUCGCUGCUGCGCGAUGGCGAGCCGAGUUUGGGACUUGGCCCCUAUAAGGAGCCCGACGGAGCACAGAUGCAGAGCCAGCUGGAGACGCAGCUGACAGCGCUGCGGGCGCUCACUCGGCACGCGGAAGCAGAGGGCAUCAGUGUGCGUAGCCGGUACAGUGGUCAGAGCAAGGUGGCGCGUACGACGGUGAUUGCGCAGCGCGUGCAGCUGAGCCACCACUCGGCGACGCUCAAGGACGAGGACAAGCGACUGACUGACAUAAUGGACGCCGUGACCGGCGUGCUGGCGGUGCGCCACGACGAGACAACACCAGGGAGCCUGCUGCUGUCGGAGAGCUGGCUGUACGACGCGCGGGCGCCUUCCAGGAACGUGUUUGUGCCGCGGCCGCGAGCCGUCUUUGAGCGCAGCUUGGCGCGGCCGCACGACUACCUGGCGUGCGAAUGCUGCAGUCCGGAUGGCGAGGGCCUGCAGGCGACGCUGCCGGCGACGGCGAUCCUGUACCAGAUGUAUCAGGAGACGGGCAGUCUCAUCAACGUGGCCGACAUGUGGGCAUCGUUUUACGCGCUGAUCCGCGGGCAGGGGGCGGCCUGCGGGCAGACAGGGGAAGAAGAUGAUGGCGCCAUGAGAGAUGAGGACGAGGACGAGGAAGACGAGGAGAAGCAGAGGGAAGCGCUGGUGCUGUUUUACAGAGGGCUGGCAGAGCUGCGUGCGCUGGGCUACGUCAAGAGCAGCAAGAAGAAGACGGACCAUGUCGCCAAGGUGAAGUGGCUGUAA